AUGGCGUCUGACGAGGAACACGGAACCAGGCCUAGCCGGAGGCGCUUCGACGACGAAGACAAGGAACCCAGAGACACAGACCGUCAAUCAAAACAUCCAGACCGCGACUCCGGACGCCGAGAACGUCGUCGAUCACGCGACAAACGCGACAGAAGACGCUCCCGGACACCAGAGUCUUCACGAAGAAGAUCGAGGAGCCGAGACCGGGAUAGGGACCGAAACAGAGAACAUAGACGCCGACGAUCACGCGAUGAUAAGAGUUCACGACGAAGACCGCGCGACGACGAUGGAGAUGGAGAUGACAAACGGGUCGCAAAACGUAGUCCUGUAAGACAAACUGGUCCUUUGCCAUCUCAGGCGGACUCUUUCGCCGUUACCACCGGUGAAGAGCCGGAGAAGCCCAAGGAGAAGCCCAACUUUGGAUCAACGGGUGUCCUGGCGGCAGUGUCCAACUCUGUGUCACAAGCGGACGGCACAACAAUCACACUCAAAUACCACGAGCCCUCCGAGGCCCGCAAGCCAUCGCCACGAGAUAUCUGGAAGCUAUUCAUCUUCAAGGGCCAAGACAUCGUCGACACGAUAGACUUAAGCGCGAGAAGCUGCUGGCUCAUCGGCCGGGAGAUGUCAGUUGUGGACCUACCUGCGGAGCACCCGAGCAUUAGCAAGCAACAUGCAGUUAUCCAGUUCCGUCACGUUGAAAAGAGAAAUGAGUAUGGCGACAAGAUUGGAAAGGUCAAGCCGUAUCUCAUCGAUCUGGAGAGCGCUAACGGGACUAAGCUGAACGACAACAAUAUCCCUGAUAGCAGGUAUCUGGAGCUUAGAGAUAAGGAUAUGAUACAGCUUGGUCAUAGCACAAGGGAGUAUGUUAUUAUGCUUGCGCCGCGGACUUAA